GUAAAUGACAUCUCAAUGGAGGAUGUCAAAUAGUGCGAUUUUAUCGGUGGGGGAGGGGGAAAUAAGAACCUUCUCGGAGAAACGUCAUCGCAGCAUCCCGCGACGGACACUAAAAUUGGCGGCCUUUACUUUGCGUUACCAUGGCAACGAAGGGGAAAAGGCCAAAUUUGUCAAAUCAUGCCAUGUAUCGGGUUAGUGAGUUUUUCAUCCUCAGCGGCACCUCCUCGAAUCGUAAUUUGGCGUGCGAAAAGUAUCAAAAACGCAAAUGGAAUACAUCACAAUUGAUAACGAUUCCAUCCCGGAAUCGGAUUUACUGAAGCUCCACUUCGUGCUAAAGCUCUGGAUCGCGGUAAACACCGAGCUGGUGGAUUAUCUGUGCUGGAAUCAAGAUCAAACCCGGCUCAUCGUCAACGUGCCGGCAAUGGUGGAACAAUGGCGGACGGGCGAUACCACCAUUUUCCUGCUCAAUCGUGUUGAGGACUUUUUGCUGAUGUUGAAAAUUAAUGGCUUCCAGCAGUGCGCAGACGAGUCGCUGGAAGAGACGGAACGGGCCAAACUAGGGACAGGCUGCCGGGUCUUUUGCCAUCAUCAGUUCCUGGGCAGCAAUUGUGACUUCUUCAACCAGUGGCUUUGCUGGCACGAGGAGCGCGAGAAUGAUUUUGAGCUGAAGGUUUGCUGCACGCUGCCGAAAGAUUUUGAGUGGCCAGUGGGCGAGGAACUGGAAGAGUUCCACAACAACUGGCUGGAAAUCAUAUUCGAGAAGAUGAAGAUCGAGUUGCACCUGCGCAAUAGCAUUUGCCAGCAGGAAAAUGUGACCGUCGAUAUACCGCCAGAGUAUGUGGACCAGGUAACGAUGCCGGCACCGAACUACGGUGACGAUAUUGCUGGUAACUAUGGGCCGGUGGCUAGGGAAGAGUUGCAGAAGUUCUUUGGCAACAGGCUGCCUAUCUAUUUCGAUCCCACCACGAAACAAGAAAAUGAAUCGGUUAUAGAGAAAGAAGAAAAUGAACCAAUGUCGGAGGAUAGCAAAUGUUACGUGAUAGCAGAUGCUGAGUGCCAGCAGCACGCCGACCAAUUUGCCGAUAUGCGGGAGCUGUACGAGAGCAUCGAUUUCUGGAAGGAUAAUGAAGGCACGGUGAUCGAGUACCAUGAGAUACAGGACAUUCCCGACGUUUCCGAAACACUGGGGUUGGAAAUUAAGCAUGAGGAGGAAGCUGAUAAAGAUCUAGCCACUCUUUCUACGGGUGAAGAAACGAUGCAAAUGUCGCACAAUAUGUCCCAGUAUCUUACGGACAGCAUGAAGUGUCUGCUUCCGCCGAUAGAUAGCGAUUGAGCAAUUAGUUUUAAUUGAAACGUCAGUUGGACGAAUCCUUAGUUCGAUUAUUUAAAUUUGUUUCUAGAAUACUAAAUAUUUCUGUAAAUGUAAAUUUAUUAACUGCCUACAGGUCACUGCACCUCCAACUGCUUGUGAUCGCAUUUCAACUUAUAAAUAGAAUCAAUUCAUUGAACUUGACCUUA